AUGCUGUUUCAGGUGCCGGAGGCUUUCAAGGAGGUGACUGUCUGUGCCACGGAGGAGCAGUGGGCUGUGCUGGACUCUGCUCAGAGAGCCCUCAUCAGGAAUGCCAUGCCAAAGCAUUGCAGGACAGUGCUCACAAUGGGAUCUCCAAUUUACCAACCUGAGUUGCUUGCUCGGCUAGAACGAGGGGAAGAGGCCUGGAUCCCAGAUAUCCAGAGCUCAGAGGAAAGCUCAGAGGAAGAACCUGUUAGACCCAUUCUGAAACAAUGGCUGAGGAAAGGGAAAUGGUGGGAUUACGACAAAGUCCCCGUGAGCUCCUCCACUUCUUCCUCAUCUCACUCAGGUGAUGGGAUGGUGAGUGAGAAGGAGGAAGAGGAUCCUCAAUGGGAAGUUGGUGAGAUAUCAUCAGGAAGAUCAGAAGGGGAUGUCUCUGUAGCCUGUAAGAGUCAGGACAGACCAGAGAGGCCACAAGGAAACCACUCAGAGAAGAGAUGGGUUCAAUCCACUCACAGUGGAGAAGGUCACAAGAACCUCAACAUUAAGAGCCAGCAAGGAAUACAGAUGGCACAGAGAAAACAUGUAUGUAUCGAGUGUGAGAAAAGCUUCUGUAGUAGCUCGUCCCUCCUUAGACACCGGAGAACCCACACAGGAGAGAGACCCUAUAGGUGUCCCGACUGCGGGAAAGGCUUCAUCUCCAACUCAAGCCUCAUUAGCCAUCGGAGAAUGCACACAGGGGAGAAACCCUAUAAAUGCCCUGACUGUGAGAAAGCCUUUAUUGCGAACAAGUCUCUCAAUAAGCAUCGCAAAAUCCACAGCGGGGAGAGAGUCCACCAAUGCCCUGACAGUGUGGAAACCUUCAUCAUGAGUGAAUCACUCCAAAAGCAUCAAAAGCAACACAUGCUCGCUGCACAAAAGCACUGGGAGGGAGGGGGGGAGAAGCGAGUAGCGGCACAAUCGGAGGAGGCGGAGCAAAGGAUUGCCGCAGGGGAGCAGAAGUGA